GUUUGACUUGUUUGUUGUGUACUUGACUUGUGUAGGUGGUAGGUGUUCCGUUUUGUAGUGUUUCGUCUUAAUUUAAUUAAAAUAGAAUAAUUGAAAAUGAAGUGGUGGAAUAUUUUACUGAUAGUGGCUAUGUUUAGUUUAUUAUUUAUCGUGAUUCCAAUUUCCUAUAAGUCGGGCAAUAGUAAACAACAGUUGCAAUUAAUGUUUGAUGAAUACAUACAAAAGUUUAAUAAAACUUAUAAAAAUAACCCAGAAGAGUACGCAACGAGAUUUGAGCACUUUACGGCCUCUUUGCAAGAAAUAGAGCAGCUCAACAGCCAAUCCCGUGGCUCUGACACCCAAAAGGCCCGGUAUGGCCUGACCCACCUCUCUGACAUGUCCAAAGCUGAAUACAGAGAGCUGCAUCUCUCCGAUGAACAGCUCAAGAAGUCGCCGCGCGAGUAUAAUCAGACAUGGAGCAGGUUUAGAGAACAGCAAAGGAUGGAGCACUUGAAACAAAUUGGGCCUUCUUAUGUAAGGACAAAAAGGGCAGCUGGCAGUUUACCGUUAACAGUUGACUGGAGAACAAAAGGCGUGAUAGGUCCAGUUCGUAGCCAGGGCAUGUGCGGUGCCUGCUGGGCCUUCAGCACUAUCGGCAUUGUCGAAGCUAUGGCUGCCAUCAAGACCGGCAAGCUCGUGCCGCUCAGCGUUCAGGAAGCCAUAGACUGUGCAACGCUCGGCAACGCCGGUUGCCAAGGCGGGGACAUCUGCCUACUCCUCGACUGGCUUAUGAUCUCCAAAACAGCGGUCCAAACAGCCACGGAAUACCCGCUACGUCUCAUGGAUGGCGUAUGCCGACUCAAUAAGAAUGCAACUGGUGUUCGAGUCAGGACAUUUACGUGUGAUGAUUUCGUGGGCGCUGAAGACAAGAUACUAGAAGCACUUGCCACGCAUGGGCCGGUGGCUGUAGCGGUCAACGCGCUCACAUGGCAGAAUUACCUUGGCGGAGUCAUUCAGUACCAUUGCCCAGGCGCCCCGACUGACUUAAACCACGCGGUAGAGCUCGUCGGCUACGACCUGUCGAGCGACGUGCCGCACUACGUAGCCAAGAACUCGUGGGGCGGCGAGUUCGGCAACGGCGGCUACGUCCGCCUCGCCGUCGGCGGCAACGUGUGCGGGCUCGCCAACGAGGUCGCCAGCGUCGACGUCGUGUAGACAAUUCACAGGAAGCCCAGAAAUACGUAGACAAUUUUUUCACUGGGGCGUAUUGUUAAUAAUUUUACAGUACAUGGUGCUACUUUAAUAACUAUGUCGAAAAUUUAAAGGGCUAUGUACUGUAAAAUGUUCGAUACAUGGGCGAAUAGGUAAUUCGCAUUUCUUAUUUUCGCAUUUGUAUCGUAAUGUACUAUUGAUGAACGUUUGCGUCUGUGUUUAAGGAGAAUAUUUUGAAUGAAUAAUGACAUUUUGUAAAAAAAAAAAACCUUAAAAAAUAUCUAUGUAUUUAUGGGCCACUCUGUAAUAUAAGCAAUACUUUGCUUUGGCCCGCGAAGUUGCUGCUAGGUAAAAAUGGACUGAAUAACGCAGGCAGCUAAAAUUAAUUCAAACUCACUUGCAGCUGGUAGCUAAAUACUAUGUAAUAACCUGAAAAACUCUUGUUAAAUUUGCCAUAUUAGUUAAACGAACUAAGACUAAGUAUUUAUUCUGUUUGAACGCACGCCCCGCCGCUUCAAGUAAUAAUAAACGCGGUACAUUUGUAUAUAUACCUAUACUUCUUAAGAAGUAAUACUUGCCGAAAUUAUUGCCAUUUAGCGGUACGUCAGGAUGUCAUAAUUUAUUAGUUCUUUUAUUAUUCUCUAAUUUUAUAAUAGUUGUCUCGAAUACUUAGCCUACCUUUUAUGAAAUAGUAUGUUCUUUAAUUCCCGCCCCGUGUUGCUUCGCUUAAUCAAGCGAGGGUGACAUUUUAUACCUCAUUAAAUUAUUAUUUUAAGUUUAUAGCUUUUUGAUACGCAUUUACAUUUAAUUGAUCUUAGUUAUUACAAUAUGUUGUGUUCUUGGUAUGUUUUUGAGUUUAUAACGAACGUUUUUAUUACGCUAUAAGACUGAUAUUUACAUAUACACGUUAAAUCGAUGUUCAUUAGUUUCAUUAUAUUUUGUAUUCACUAAAAUAUUACAGAAGGAUAUUAUAAUUAAGUAAAAGUGAUAAAUCGCUCAUUAUGUGAUUUUCCUUUACCAAUUAUAUUUUCCGUAUAAAUAAGAAUAACUCAUAUCAUAGUUUAUUAUAUUCAAGACAUUCGAAACCAUACUUCAUUGAGAUAAGAGCUAAAAGUGGCGACUUGAUGUCAAGUUUACAAAAAAGUUCAAUAGGCGGUUCCACAGAGAAUGAGCCGCCUGGCCAGGAAAUUGCCUCGCGAAGCAUCUCGGUCGGUGGUGACGUGCCCCGCCCCAGGCAAUGCGACCGAGCGACGUCUACACAGCCCGAGCUGUUUCGCGCGGCAAUUUCCUCGUGAGGCGGCUCUUUCGGUGUAGACCAGCCUAAUGCAACUCGAAUUUAUUAGAUAUGGGGAAAACUGGAAAUAUAAUUGUAUAGUUAUUUACUCCUUCCUAUGGACCGUCCUGGAGUGCCUUUGUUUUUAUAUAACAUUUUGAUGAAAUAAAUAUUUUUUAACUUA